AGAACAGAAACCAAGUUCUCAGGCAACAAGCAGCAUCUACCCGGCGGCAGGCGGGAGCCAGUGAGGCCCGGAAGGCUGCGGAGUGCGCCAGCCACUCGGAGUCCAGCGCGUCCCCACGUCUCCUCGUCUUCCUACGCCUCCCACCGGCAAGGUCCGACUGGUCUCUUCGCCUGGGCCAAGCCUGGGAGGGGGUUAGGAGCAGCCGCGCCCCCCUCCCCGCGGCAGCUGCCCCCCCCACCUCCGCCCAGCUUUCUCAGAUCCGCUCACAGCCGCGUGCGCCCGGGCCGGUGCGCCCAGGCAGCGCCAGCCAUGUCGAUGCUGCCGUCGUUUGGUUUUACGCAAGAGCAAGUGGCGUGCGUGUGCGAGGUUCUGCAGCAAGGCGGGAACCUGGAACGCCUGGGAAGGUUCUUGUGGUCGCUGCCCGCCUGCGACCACCUGCAUAAAAACGAGAGCGUGCUCAAGGCCAAGGCGGUGGUCGCCUUCCACCGCGGCAACUUCCGCGAGCUCUACAAGAUCCUGGAGAGCCACCAGUUCUCGCCCCACAACCACCCCAAACUGCAGCAGCUGUGGCUGAAAGCGCACUACGUGGAAGCCGAGAAACUUCGCGGUCGGCCGCUGGGUGCCGUGGGCAAAUAUCGGGUACGCCGAAAAUUCCCGCUGCCGCGAACCAUCUGGGAUGGCGAGGAGACCAGCUACUGCUUCAAGGAGAAGUCGCGGGGCGUGUUGAGGGAGUGGUACGCGCACAAUCCCUACCCCUCGCCGCGGGAGAAGCGGGAGCUGGCCGAGGCCACCGGCCUCACCACCACCCAGGUCAGCAAUUGGUUUAAGAACCGGAGGCAAAGAGACCGGGCUGCCGAGGCCAAGGAAAGGGAGAACACUGAAAACAAUAACUCGUCCUCCAACAAGCAGAAUCAACUCUCUCCUCUGGAAGGGGGCAAGCCGCUCAUGUCCAGCUCAGAAGAGGAAUUCUCACCUCCCCAAAGUCCAGACCAGAACUCGGUCCUCCUGCUACAGAGCAAUAUGGGCCACGCCAGGAGCUCAAACUAUUCUCUCCCAGGCCUAACGGCCUCACAGCCCAGCCACGGCCUGCAAGCCCACCAACAUCAGCUCCAGGACUCUCUGCUGGGCCCACUCACCUCCAGUCUGGUGGACUUGGGUUCCUAAGUGGGGAGGUACUGGGGUCUUGAAGGGACGGCUGGAGAAGCAACCAACAUCAACAACUAGAGACACUUGUACAUAGACGGCAGGAACAAUUUUGCAGCUUGUCUCUGGGGUUCUUUGCGCAUAAAGGAAUGAUGGGCUUUCACAAUUGUCUUUUUAAAAAAUUACAACCAACAGCGAUCUCAUUUGAGUAUAGUCUCCCUCUUCCCUCGACUCUUAAUACUCUUGCAUUUCCCCUCCCACUGAAAGGUCAGGAAACAAAAGCACCUAGUCUUGGUCCUGGACAACCCAGGCAUUCAUUUCAGUAGCCACCUUCUCCACCUCUUCUUCCUCCUCUUCCCUCUCCUCCUCCUCUUCUUCAUCUUCUUUUAGUGAAGAAAAAUUACGAAUCAACUAGAUUUUAAUUAUUUCCUUUUUAUUUAUUGAUGGAGAAAUGGUUUAAGGAAGAGGAAAAGGAAAAGA